AUGGAUCAUAUCCGACGACAAGCCAACCCGUUUCGGCAGACACGGCCACUCCUCCCCUGGUGCGGUUCGGACAUGGAAAAGGCUUUGACAGCCCAACAGCUGCAUCUCCACAGCCCUGGCCCCUGCAAGAAUCCAGCCAACACAACAAACCGCAAAUCACCACACCCAAUCCCCCGAAAGAGGUUGGAUUUGGGCCACUCUGCCCUGCUGGGCUGCCUUCUGCAAGCUGCUGCUGCUGUUGCUGGUGGUGUUGUUGCUCAUAACUGCGCUGGACUGAACUAA